AUGUUUAAAGUCUUAUUUUGGAAUGCCAGAGGUGCUGGAAGUGAGAAUUUUCGAUCUGCUAUUGCGGACUUGGUUAAUUUACAUUCUGUGGAUAUUUUAGCUAUCUGUGAACCUCGUGUUCAAUUCAUUAAGGCUCGAGAUACUCUAAAAAAACUUGGUUUUUCUGACUUUAGAGUUGUUGAAGCUGAGGGCUUUUCUGGUGGUAUUUGGUUACUAUGGAACAGUCUCAAAGUUCAUGUUGAUUUCAUUGACAAAAAUUUCCAAUCUGUCUCCGUGAAAGUUUCUCUUCCUGGCAAGCCUAGUUGGAUGCUCACUGUGAUCUAUGCUAGCCCUACUAAUUCGGUUAGAGCUGAUCUGUGGCCUUACCUUGAUCAUCUCAUUGCUGAUAUUAAUCUCCCUUGUAUGUUUAUUGGAGAUUUUAAUGAAUUGAUUUCAAUUGAUGACAAAAGUUGUGGUCCUUUUACUGGAAGGUUUGGUGGUUUCAGGGAUUGGGUCAAUAGGAAUGCCUUGAUUGAUAUGGGAUUUCAAGGAUCUCGCUUUACCUGGAGUAAUAACAGAGUUAAAGAGAGACUGGAUAGAGGUUUUUGUAAUUGUUCUUGGAGGUCUUCUUUUGCUGAAGCCUUUAUCCAACACCUUCCCAAGACUAGAUCAGAUCACUGCCCUAUUCUGAUGCAGCUCUACUCCAAUAACUUUGUUAAUAGAGAGGCUAUUCCUUUUAGAUUUCAGGCUAUGUGGUUCUCUCAUGCUAACUAUGCUGAUUUUGUCUCUUCUACUUGGAAUUCUCUUACUGGUGAUUUUUCUGCUAAAGUUCAAGCCCUUUCUGUUGCUCUUGCUAAAUGGAAUAAAGAGGAAUAUGAGACCAUCAGAGAUCAAGAGAACCUUUUCUGGAGACAAAAAUCCAGAGACAAAUGGCUGCAAGGUGGAGAUAGAAAUACCAGGUUCUUCCAUCUAACUACUCUUGUUAGAAGAAGGAAAAAUAAAAUUGAGGGCUUAUUUGAUAAGAAUGGUAACUGGUUCACUGAUUCUGCCACUAUGAAAAAAAUCUCUGUUGAUUUUUUUGUUGAUCUAUUCUCUCUUAAAGAUGUUGAUGAUAUCAGAUUUAUCAUUCCUUGGUUGUUCCCUCCUAUCGAUCAGGUCACCUUAGAUAACAUCUGUCAGCCUAUUACUUUGUUGGAGGUCAAAGAGUCUUUGUUUGCUAUUGGUGGCCUCAAAGCUCCUGGCCAUGAUGGUUUUCCUGCCAUCUUUUACCAGAAUCAUUGGCAAACCUAUUCUGGUGAAAUUUUUCAAGUUGUUCAUGAUGCUUUUAGUUCCUGUAAAAUCCCCCCUGGCCUGAAUCAUACUAUCAUUUCUCUGAUUCCUAAAAUUGAUGGCCCUCAGCAUAUGGCUAACUUUAGACCCAUCAGCUUGUGCACUACCAUCUAUAAAGUCAUCUCCAAGAUCAUUGUUGCUCGUAUAAGGCCCUUGAUGCAGCACUUAAUCAGCCCUAAUCAGAUUGAGAUGGGACUUCAUUGA